UGAUACUGACCAUACUAAAAUCAACAAACAGUGCCAGAAAAGAGGGAAGUACAUUCUUAAAUAUUUAGCUCUCCAGCUGCAGAUCAACUUAAGGACAGGCUAUAAAGUGCUCAACUUUGAUCGGAAGAUGGUGAUUUUCUGGAACAGUUUAUUCACACUCUUUCUCUGGCUCAAAGUGCCAUCUAUUUCUGCUGAAUCGUGGAGUGCCAAAGUCCCCAACUCAGUGGUGGGUCUGACUGGCUCAUGUGUGGUGAUUCCCUGUACGUUCAGCUACCCAACAGAUGGAAAGACACACAAACAGUUUACAGGAAUCUGGUUCACAGAAAAUCAUGACAUAAUCUUCCAUAAAGAGACCUCCAAAAUCAACCAGAAUUUCAAGGAUCGUACUAGCCUCCUUGGAGAUUUGCAUAACAAAAACUGCACUUUAAAAAUCAGCUCUCUGCAUCAAAGCGACACAGGGCCAUUCAUGUUCCGGAUUGAGAUAAAGGAUUUUGAUAUGUACACAUAUAAGGAAAAUAAAGUUUCUGUAACAGUGAAAGAUGCACCAGAACAACCUACCGUCUCUGUGGCAGAGGAAGCGACAUCAGGGAAACCGGUGACAGCUACCUGUGUUGUGACCCAUUCCUGUCUAUCAGACCCUCCACGUUUCACCUGGAGCCAUGACGGCAACCAAUCUCAGGCACAAGAUCACAGUCAAAAGCUGACAUCAUCUCUCACUUUCAUUCCAUCUAGAGAAGAUCACAAUAAACUUCUCAAUUGCUCAGCUGAGUUCACUGGAGGGAAGAAAGUGACAGGCCACAUAACGCUCAAAGUUAAAUAUCCUCCAUAUAAUGUCAAUGUGGUUAGAAAUCCAUCAGAAGUGAAGGAGCAUGGCUCUUUAGAAGUGACCUGCACCAGUGAUAGCAACCCUCCUGCAAACAGCUACCAGUGGUUCAGCUUAAAUGGAAGUCUACUGACAGACACACAAACUCUUAGAUUGGAGAGAGUGUCUCGGUAUACUGAGGCCAUUUCCUGCACAGCCAUGAACACAGAGGGACAAAACAGUUCCAGUCUACAGAGGUUUAACGUGUUGUAUCCUCCAUAUAAUGUAAAUGUGGUCAGUAAGCCAUCAGUGAAGGAGAAUAGCUCUGUAGAAGUGACCUGCACCAGUGAUAGUAACCCCCGUGCACACAGCUACCAGUGGUUCAGCUUAAAUGGGACUCAGUUAGGAAAGGAACACAAUUACACUCUGGAGAGAGUGUCUCGGCAUUUUGAAGCCAUCUCCUGUACAGCCUUUAACACAGAGGGAAAAAAUAGUUCCAGUCCAUGGAAACUUAAUGUGUUGUAUCCUCCAGAGAUUAAAAAUGGAUCUUCCUGCAAGUCCGAAAUGUCUACAGUGUGUGUGUGUAUUGUGGACUCCAACCCCCUUAGUGAAGUGAAGUGGUUUGGUCCAGAUUCUUCCAGAACCUUCCCCAGCUCCAGUAUUCAUCAAAACAAGUCUCUUACCAUAAUUACCCUUGAGGGGGGGCUGGGUUUCCCCAAGACUCUCCAUUGCUAUGCCACUAACAGUGAGGGAAACGCUUCCAAAACCUUCCAAGUACCUCAGAAUGGUGUGAUAAUAUAUCUUGCUGUUGCUGUAGCUGUUAUUGUAGUUAUUUUAAUGGCCAUUUUAGGGUGUGUAGUGAGAAGGCACUGUGGAUGCAGAGCUACACAACAGCCUAAAAUGAGUAUAAAGAAUGAACAGAAUGAAAUGAAGACAACCCCAAAGUCUUGUUUAGAGAAUGAAGAAGAGAAAGGCAGUGACACAGAUCUUUAUACAAACUACCCAGUCGGCCAUCCUGUCUAUGACAAUCGUAGGUGUGAUGAGCAACACCUGGAAGAUAUGGAAGAUGCAGUCUACGCUAACAUGUAAAUGUGUCAUCCUACCAGAAAUAAUGCAGAGAAAGACCAAGAAAGGCACAUGAAUGUUGACGUCUGCACGCAAGAUUAUGCAGUUCAAAUGUUUAAAGACAAAAUGGGCUUGCAACUGAGAAACAAUAACAAACAUUAGUGACACAGUGCGCUAUAAACCUAUAGGUGAGACAAAGGCUAGUUGUCACAUUUUUUACUCCUGAAUUUUUUAUGUUUAUUUUUGGAAGUCAAUCUCUAUACAGGCAUAUACCAAGUAGAGCAAGUCCUGGUAACAGCAACAAUAAAAAGCUACUUAACAUAAUUACUGUUUAUUUAACACACAUCGAUCUCAUGAUAGCAUUAUCUUUGCUUUGGGCAAAAGAUACAUUUAAAACAACUUUUUGGUAAUUUCUGUUUGGAGUAUAGAUUUCACUAAAAAGAUUCAAAUUUAAGAGGGUUUUGAACAUGAUGUUUGAAACCAACACAUACAUUUACUGCUUGAGAAAAGAUGCAUUUUUUGUAAUUGGACUUUUGACUCAAAAACGUACUGAGACGUAGCCCUGAUGACAACUUCACAGUGUCAAAACUAGCCCCAGGCUCCUCUAUAAAAAGUGCAUUAUAUACAGAGUUUAAAGGCAAAAUGUGUAUUUUCAUAUAUUUAAUGCUUUUGAGUUCAGAUUGCCUUUCCCAUUAUUAUUAGUAUUAUUAUUAUUAUUAUUAUUAUUAAAUGGCAUGCAGAAAACAUCCUUUUAUUCUGUCUGAUAUCAUUUAACCCCUUAACAUCCGGCCUCUUUUUGUGCAUGAGCUUGAAAACGACAUACCCAAAGUAAAACUCUUCCAGUUCUUGAACCAUUUGGUCUACAAACACAAACUUGGGCACGUUUGAAAGUAGACACUUAGACAUUUGUUAUUCAAGAGUAAAAAUGUAUCAUUUUAGUAUAAAAAAAAAUUUGAGCUAUUCAAAUAUUUUGAAUAGUGACCACAAAUAUUAUUUAUAAAAUACUUUUUUUAUUUGAAAUAUGCAAGACUAUGCGCAGUGCCCCAAAAACACAUCUGAUACAAAGCCACAUGUUUGAAGUCAAUAUGAUGAAAACGCUUUGUUCCAUAAUGAUUUAUGUAAGUGUACUUCCAAAAAAGGUCACUUGGAGGCGCCAAUUGUAGUAACUACGUAAGCCAAAUGUUGACUGUGGUUCAAAACACACAAUUUGUUUACAUUUCAAUGUAAAAAAUACCGCACAAACCAAAAUAUACAUGAAGAUGUCAUUUUAUUAUUAUUAUUAUUAUUUGGGAAUAUAUUAUAAUGCAUUCCAUAUAUAUAUAUAUGUAUGCAUUUUAUAAACAAUGUGAAAAGAACAUUAUAAUUUGAAAUGAUGCAAUGGAAAUAAACUUUUAAUUACAAUAAAGAUGCUUCUGUUCAU